AAUGUUUAUAUAUAUAUGAGUUGAGAAGUUUCUUGAUUUCUUCCAAAUAGCCAGCAGCAGCAGCACAAUCAUCAUCAAGAAGAACAAGAAGAUGGGUUCAGAGACUAAGACUUUCCUAGAGGUGGUGAUGGCCAUUCUCUUACCUCCAGUUGGGGUCUUCCUGCGUUAUGGGUGUGGAACUGAGUUCUGGAUAGAUUUGUUGCUGACCAUAUUGGGAUAUAUUCCUGGGAUUAUAUAUGCCAUUUAUGUAUUGGUUCGUUAGUUAGUUAACAUUUUAUUUUUUUUAUUUUAUUUUUAAUUCCUUCUUUGGGUUGUGUAAUUUAAGAACUUGCUUGUUCUUAAUUUCAAUGUCUCUUGUUGCCAA